UUUAGUUUUUUUUUUGAGUAAAUAUUGAUAAGCGUAUAAUGCUUUUUGGAUGCGAUUAGCGUCGUAGAAUCUGCCGAUUUUCUCGAAAAGAAAUUAUUUACCGAUUUAAUAUCGUACAAGCAUCAUCAUAAUGAAUAAUAUGGGUAAAAAAAAAGGACAAAAAGAUUCAGCUCAACAAGAUGCUGUUGAACCUGAAGAAUAUACAGUUGAAAAAAUUUUAGAUAAGAGAGUGAGGCAGGGAAGAAUAGAAUAUCUUCUUAAAUGGAAAGGAUAUCCUGAAUUGUAUUUACAGGAAGAUAAUAGACCAAGAGGUUUUGAUAGAGGACUUGAACCAGAACGGGUGAUUGGAGCAACUGAUUCAAGUGGAGAACUAAUGUUUUUAAUAAAAUGGAAAGGAAGUGAUGAAGCAGAUUUAGUACCUGCAAGAAUUGCAAAUGUUAAAUGUCCACAGAUUGUUAUCCAGUUUUAUGAAGAAAGGUUAACAUGGCAUACUAACACUGCUCAUGAAGAAGAAGAAGAUAAAACUGAAAAAGAAUCAUAACCAUUGUUACUUUUAUCUAAAUUAAAAUAGAACCAGGGAAGUUUUAAUUGAAAAUUUUCUCCAAGCAAUGUCAUUGUAAAUACCUAAUAUCAUUAGCAUUGAAAUUUUAACUCAUCCUGAAUGUUUGAUUUUUUCCUAACACAACUCAUCUGUUUUUGUUUUGACCAAUGUCCUAUACUAUUUUUUUCUUCUUAUUUUAACAUCUCCAUACAUGUAAGAAGUGAUAUGUCUGAUUGUAAACUCAUCCUAAGUAUUUUUCCACCAAAAUUUUAAUUGUUUUAUUUAAAAGAAUAACUGAAUACAAAAAUACAUAUGUAUAGGAAUUGUUUAUUUUAUAGUUGUAGAACCAAUUUUAAAGCUAGAUUUUUCAGUUAGUAUAAAAAGUUUGAUUCAAAUGAAAGAGCUGAAAACAGGAUAAAUUCUAAAAGAUUACAUAUACAAAAAAUUAAUACAUUAAUUGUGAUAGUAUCCACUUAUCAUAAUUUAUCUUUAAUUAAUUAAUGAACUUGAUUACUAAAAAUCCU